GGGUCGCCAGGGCGGCUGUUGUGUCUUAGCGGAUACAGGAACUUCAGAACUUGCAUCACCCGGUAGAGGCGGUUUGGUUGGAUGUGAAGGAGGCAGGAGCAGAGAUAGGAUAGUUGUAUGAAAUGCUCAUCUUAGUUGUUUCAUGUUUUAUUGAAAGCGAGUCAUUUUAACAUAAAAUCAGACACCUCGCGGUCCUUUUAUUUGUUUUUAGAUUGUCCUGUUUUUAUAACCUUUUCUGAACGGAUAUAACGAAGAUCUAGCUACAUCAAUAGCCUACUGCUGGAUUACUUGACGAAAUAAAUAUACAUUUGCGUGUAUAUAUAUAUCUAUAUAUGCAAUCGGUAGGCUAUUCGUUUGCAUUAAAGUUGUCAACCUAAGCAUCAUCGUCGACUGAGAUGCGCAGAACCUAGAUUCAGUCAAUGUGUAUGCCUCCGAUAAAUUGUUACACGUGUUGCAAAGUGCAAAGUUCUUUCAUUAGCCUGUACUGGUCUACCUCACAUUGCAGUUCUUCUUCAUAGACCAAUCAGACAUGAGUUGUAGUUGGUGCUAAAGGGCACACGACGCUCUUAUUCUCUCUCUAUAUAUAUUUAUUUUUUUAGACUUUUAUAUUUCAUUACCCCAUUUUUGUAUUUUACAAGAUGUCGUGCCUUUUGCUUGGACUUAUCAGAAGACGGAGCGGAGUGGGGACAUCCGUGGGGGUCCGCUCCCUAGCCUCGAUCCCCUCCCUGCCUCCAGCGGUGGCUGACUUUGUGAAGAGGGCCGUGGAUGAGUGCAAGCCUGCCAAUGUGCAUGUGGUGACGGGGAGCUCAGAGGAGUCUGCUCAAAUCCUAGCUGGCCUGGAGAAAGACGGCAUGGUGAAGAGGCUACCCAAGUAUGAGAACUGCUGGCUGGCACGUACAGACCCCAAGGACGUGGCUCGGGUGGAGAGUAAGACUGUGAUCGUCACCAAAAACCAGAGGGACACCAUCCCUAUCCCUGAUGGGGGGGCUAAGAGCCAGCUGGGCAGCUGGAUGAGCGAGGGUGACUUCCAGAAGGCCAGACAGGACCGCUUCCCAGGCUGCAUGGCAGGUCGAACCAUGUAUGUGAUCCCCUUCAGCAUGGGCCCGGUGGGUUCUCCGCUGUCUAAGUUUGGCGUGCAGGUGACAGACUCGCCCUACGUGGUGGCCAGUAUGGGCAUUAUGACGCGCAUGGGUACCCCCGUCAUGGACAAACUGGCACAGGGGGCAGAGUUUGUGCGCUGCCAGCACUCCCUCGGUCGACCCCUCCCACUGAAAGCUCCCCUGGUCAACUCGUGGCCGUGUAACCCAGAGAAGGUGCUCAUCUCCCACCUGCCAGACACCAGGCAGAUCCUGUCGUUCGGCAGUGGCUACGGAGGCAACUCACUGCUGGGGAAGAAGUGCUUCGCCCUGAGGAUCGCCUCGCGCAUCGCCAAGGAUGAGGGCUGGCUGGCCGAACACAUGCUGAUCCUGGGCAUCACCAAUCCUCAGGGAGUGAAGCGCUACGUGGCGGCAGCAUUUCCCAGUGCCUGUGGGAAAACUAACCUGGCCAUGAUGAAGCCUGCGCUGCCUGGCUGGACUGUGGAGUGUGUAGGAGACGACAUCGCCUGGAUGAAGUUCGACAGUCAGGGUAAACUCAGGGCAAUCAACCCAGAGAACGGCUUCUUCGGUGUGGCUCCCGGCACGUCCCUGAAGACCAACCCUCAUGCCAUGGCGACCAUCGCCAAAAACACUGUGUUCACCAAUGUGGGCGAGACCAGCGACGGAGGGGUGUGGUGGGAGGGACUGGACCCCCCUGCUGCUGGGGUCUCCCUGACCGACUGGCACGGCAAAUCCUGGAAAGCAGGAGACUCUGGCCCGUGUGCUCAUCCCAACUCCAGGUUCUGUACCCCGGCGGCCCAGUGCCCCAUCAUCGACCCCCAGUGGGAGAGUGACGAGGGUGUGCCCAUCGAUGCCAUUAUCUUUGGGGGUAGGAGGCCAGAGGACCUCUGUUUCCCAGGAGUCCCUCUGGUGUACGAGUCGUUUAACUGGCGCCACGGUGUGUUUGUAGGAGCCUCUAUGAGGUCUGAGGCCACAGCAGCUGCUGAGUACAAAGGCAAGGUUAUCAUGCACGACCCCUUCGCCAUGCGCCCCUUCUUCGGCUACAAUUUCGGUGACUACCUGGCCCACUGGCUGAGCAUGGAGACCCGCAAGGGCGCCACCCACCUGCCCAAGAUCUUCCAUGUCAACUGGUUCCGGAAGGACCCCACGUCGGGCUCCUUCCUCUGGCCGGGUUUCGGCGACAACGCCCGCGUUCUGGAGUGGAUCUUCAAGCGCUGCAGCCGCGAGAGGGAGGACGAGGCGGCCAAGAAGAGCAUGGUGGGCUGGGUGCCACUGGAGGGAGCCAUCAACCUGCAGGGACUGGGCAGCAAGGUGGACAUGGGUGCCCUCUUCGACCUGCCCAAGGCCUUCUGGGAGAAGGAGACCCAGGAGCUGAGGGCGUACUUUACACAGCAGGUGGGAGCCGACCUCCCCCAUCAGGUGGAGGGAGAGCUGAAGGCUCUGGAGGACAGGAUCAGGAAUUGAGAGGUGGAGGGACCAGAUGAUUCAGAGAGAGAAGAGAGAAAGUAUUGACUAUUGGACAUUACACUACACUGAUGCUGCAAUAUGGUGGGACUGACAAAAAAUUACUAACAAGCUAAUUUCAGUUUUGUGGAAACUGCUUUGCUUAUAUGUGGGUAGAUGUAAACCAAAGUUUCUAAAUUGUAAGAAAAUACAAUGAGAUGAUGCGACUGCAUCACUGACGAAUGCAGUUCAUGCUACCACACACUGUCAGUGGCUAUAUCAGUAGGUUUUAGGUGAUGGAGCAGAAUCAGUGUUUAGCAGUACCUUACUGACAUCUUGCAAUGAAGUAUAAAGGCAUUGGAUGUUUACAAGCUUUAGCCCAAAUAAUCAUAUCUAAUCAGGACAAGCUUAAAUAUCUACAUUCAUUUAAACAUUUUUAAACAAUGUUAACACCUCAAUAUAUUUGUAUUUGCUCGCUAGUCCCUGGGAUUACUGAAUGGCCAUUGGCUUGGAGCGUGAUGAGGAAAUCUGGUUGGCUCAGGGGGAAAGAUUCAUUAGAAUUUUCUGUCACUUUUGUAUUGUUUCCAAUAAAAAUGAUUAUGCUCUAAUGUUUACACAUGAGAUAUGUAACGUGUUGGACCAAUAACACUGAGAUUUAAUGUGAAGGUUUUUAUUACAGUGCAAUUAAUAAACAACCUCAAAUUCA